AGCCAACGAGACUGCGUGUAGCAGUACAUUUUCGAUCUCUACAGUAAUAGACUCUCAAAUGGGAUUGCUGUACAAUGCCCGAUAUCUAUUAGAGCCCCUAGCAAAGGGAGCAAGGUAACCUCCUACACCCAACCACCAUGUCCGUCAUACCCGAUGAAAAGAACCCCACGCCAACAAACCAAGCACAGUCUGACGAGCUUCGCGCGCAAAUCUUCCAGCGUCUUCACCCACACGCUUACCUCGACCGGUUCCUCACGGAAGGCGUCAGGCCAGACGGUCGCACUCCAGAAGAGUGGAGAGACGUGUUCAUCAACGUUGGCUCGAUAUCAACGGCAAACGGUUCAGCCCUUGUAAGGAUCGGUGGAACCACGAUCAUUUGUGGUGUCAAAGCUGAAGUCGCGGAACCAGAGUUGGAUACCCCAGACCAAGGUUUCCUAGUGCCAAACAUCGACCUCCCCGCCAUAUGUUCUCCGAAGUUCAAGCCUGGACCUCCUUCGGAGGAGGCUCAGGUACUGUCUGAGCGACUCAACGCCGCGCUUAUCAGCACACAACUUCUACCUCUCACGACGCUUUGUAUUGAGCCCGGACGAUCCGUAUGGUGUCUCUACGUUGACGCCACCUGCAUUAAUUAUGACGGGAACGCGUUUGACGCAGCCCUUCUCGCGAUGGUUGCUGCUCUUCGAAACACAACCUUGCCUGAGUGCACCUAUAACGAGGAGACUGGCCGUACAACGUGUCGUUCUCGCUCAGCGCGUCGUCCACUCCCUCUCAAUGAAGAUAAGGUUAUCGUAGGGCUUAGCUUUGGGGUUGUACCGACUCCGAGUGUUCCCAUGGGUCUGGACACGAGUGAAGGAAAGAACACCUCCCAGACGACUGGGCCGAUACUCCUUGCGGACCCGACGGCUUUUGAGGAACCUCUCCUAGCACAAGUGGUCACAGUUGUUGUCGACGUGCAGGGUCGCGUCGUCUCUGUGGAAGGUGGUGUGUGCGGAAAGUCGGGUGCGGACCAUGAUGAGGACGAGGGUUCGACGUUCAUAGAAAAGUCCCUUCAAGCUGCUCAAGCACGGGCGAAAAUAUUACACCAGCUUCUACGAUGAUAAGUUGAUUAUCAAAAAUGAUAAACUGCAUGACGGUGUAGUCCUCGUGAUAGCCUCCUAGUGUCGGGCGUUACCUUAAAGCUCACAAGG